AGCUGACAGGAGGUGGGGACCCACCUGCAGAGCAGGAGGAACAGGCUGGUGUGCAGCUGACGAUGCUGGGUGUGUACACCCUGCUUCUGCUCUGGGGCCUGGCCACUCCGAGCCUGGGGCUGCUUGAGACAGUGGGCACACUUGCUCGGAUUGACAAGGAUGAACUGGGCAAAGCCAUCCAGAACUCACUGGUUGGGGGCCCUAUUCUACAAAAUGUGCUGGGAACAGUGACAUCGGUGAACCAGGGCCUCCUGGGCGCAGGAGGGCUGCUUGGAGGCGGCGGCCUGCUGAGCUACGGGGGCAUCUUCAGUCUUGUGGAGGAACUCUCUGGGCUGAGGAUAGAGGAACUUACUCUGCCCAAAGUGUCAAUCAAGCUGCUGGCAGGGUUUGGGGUGCAGCUGACCCUGCACACCAAGAUUAGCCUGCACGGCUCCGGUCCCCUGGUGGGCCUCCUGCAGCUGGCAGCCGAAGUGAAUGUGUCCUCGAAGGUGGCCCUGGGCAUAAGCCCACGGGGGACCCCCAUCCUGGUCCUUAAGCGCUGCAACACACUCCUGGGCCACAUCAGCCUGACGUCAGGGCUGUUGCCCACACCGAUCUUUGGGCUCGUAGAACAGACACUGUGCAAAGUGCUGCCCGGACUGCUGUGCCCUGUGGUAGACAGCGUGCUAAGUGUGGUGAACGAACUCUUGGGGGCUACGCUGAGCCUGGUGCCCCUUGGGCCUCUGGGGUCCGUGGAGUUCACUCUGGCUACACUGCCCCUCAUCUCCAACCAGUACAUCGAACUGGACGUGAACCCCAUCGUGAAGAGCGUAACUGGGGAUGUCAUCGAUUUCCCCAAGCCACGCCUCCCAGUCAAGGUGCCCCCCAAGGAGGACCACACCUCCCAAGUGACUGUCCCACUCUACCUCUUCAGCACCGUGUUUGGGCUCCUGCAGACCAACGGUGCCCUCGACCUAGACAUAACCCCCGAGGUGGUUCCCAGAAAUAUCCCGCUGACAACGACCGACCUGGCAGCUUUGGCCCCCGAGAGAUUGCUCCUUACAGUGAGCCUGCCCCAGGACGUGGAGGCUGCGCCCUGUGCCAUCAGCCUGAGGCUGACCACAGGGACAGGAGCCCCAGAGCUGAGUGUCCAGCUGGCCUCCUCCUUUUCCCAACCUUUUGACGCAUCCCGUCUAGAAGAAUGGCUGAGUGAUGUGGUCCGGGCUGUCUAUGUGCAGAGGCUCAAUGAACACCUGGAGGUUGGGAUACCCCUACCUAAGAUUCUCAACGUCAACUUUGCCAAUUCAGCAGUAGACAUCAUUGAGAAUGCAGUUGUGCUGACCGUGGCUCCGUGAGGCAAUAUGGCUGCUGCUCUUCCUCUUCACUUCAGAGUCCUGUCUGUCUACACUCAGUUUUCCUCCCAGUCUCUAGCCUGCAUUGGUGACAGUAUAAGUGCCCCCUGGCCACCUGGGUCCACCUUACCCUCUGUCCCUGUGACUCUGCUUGUUUGAGGGUGGGGAACAGCUGGGCAGCCACAGGUCUGCUUCACAAAGCACACAAGCACCUUGGUUCAGUCCCAGCUUCAAUAAACUGAUCCUUGGUCUUG